AUGAUUUUUUUCCGUAUAACUCAUGUGAUCGUGUUUCUUCUUGUGUUUAAAUCCUUGCGUUGUGAGAGAAGAAUUCACAAUGGCACCACAUUGAAGACAAACAAAAAAUAUUUGGUCUAUUUCGUCAAGUCGGAAAAAUCUCAGAAGGCAUACAGCGGCUGGACUUGCGGUGGGGCGCUUGUCACUCCACAGUUUAUAAUCACAGCGGCCGCUUGUGUCGAGGACGUGCAUUACCUGUACGCGAUCGCGGGGUACAAAACGCACGUGCAGACCGAAGACCUCGAAUCUAACGGCUGCACGAAAGAAUUGAAGAAGAAAGUCGUGUACACAUGUGUGCCUAAAGCAUAUGACUUUGACUACGCUGCAGUUGGAAAGUGGUCGGCUAUAGACAUAGCUUUGGCAAAAGUAGACAGUCCUUAUUUAAACCCUUCUAGUUAUGAAGAAAAAUGUUCGUACGCCCCAGAGCCUAUAAUGAUUAAUUACGAGCCCAAAUACCAAUUACCUGGUGUCGAUGCCAUAGUUAUGGGAUGGGGUCAUCUAGAAAGGUGGAGGCAACCCGGUGAUAACCAAAGUUAUCUUCAAAAGGAGGCUCAUUAUGCAGCUACCCAAAUUUUAAAUAAGGCAAAAUGCAAGGAGUUGUACGCCGACUUCCCAGAUUUACAAGCUAUCAUCGAGAAGUACAUGAUAUGCACCAAGGAAUCGGGAAAUUUAGACGAUCAAGGUAACAUGAUAUCUACGCUCAAGCCGACCGCAGAUGGAUGUUCUAACGAGAAUCCCAAUUGCCGGAGAAUGGAAACUUUUAAUCGGACAUCACAUUUUAACACAACAGACGAUAUCAAUGGCAGACGGCAUGGAAUUUGUCAGAACGAUCACGGGGGACCACUAGUGACCUGGGUCGGCGGGCAUGAGGUCCUGAUCGGGGUAGCGUCUGUGUUCCGGGUGAACCGCGAUUCCAAGUGCGAGGGCCCUUACCUGUUCACCAGCACGCAGUGCAACGCCGCUUUCAUAUACUGCGUUUUGAACCCUGAUCAAAGACGAAAAGGCAGUAUAUGCGAACAACCGCCAAAAAAACGUGGUUUUGAUUUUAUAGAAAAUUAUAUUACGUGGGACAAACAUGCUGAUGUAUCCCCUCAUAAGGAAAAAGUAAAAAUAAGGCCUCAAAUACCAAUUAGCCAUUUUGGU